AUGGCUGAUGAUCCACAAGAUGUAGCUGACAGGGAUCGCAUUUUCAAGAGUUUUGAUGCCAAUGGUGAUGGCAAAAUCUCUUCACAAGAGCUUGGUGAUGCACUGAAAACACUUGGAUCAGUGACACCUGAAGAAGUGCAACAGAUGAUAGCCGAGAUUGAUGCAGAUGGGGAUGGCUUCAUUUCAUACGAGGAGUUCACAGAUUUUGCAAGAGCCAACCGUGGCCUAGUGAAGGAUGUUGCCAAGAUUUUUUGA